UGCUAUACUGACUUGUAAGAAACCAAAAACUAUAGAGAGAUAAAAGAUAACACCAAUACCUCAACUCAAACGCUUGUUUCGCCUAACCAAAGGAAACUCCACUGCGGUUUCCCUUUCUUCUCUGUCUUCACUACUCUCUUUUCUCAAUAGGAACAAGAAAAAUGGAAGUUGCGGCGGCGAAAGCGCUGAAACCAAGCUUGCGGACAGAGUUUAUUUUCCCUCAAGCAAUUUACGACGAGAUUUUAUGUUUUAACGCGAACAACGUUGUUGCCGAUGAAGAUUUCUCCAUGGACGACUUACUUGACUUUUCCAACGGGGAAUUCCAAGUUGGAAAAGACUUCGAUGAUUACGAGGAAGAGGAAGACGAGGAAAAAAACAGCACCUCCGGUUCCUUGCAGUCGCAGGACAGAGCCGAAGACGACAACAAUUCUAAUUCCACCGCUGGAGGCGGCGGCCACGACUAUGUUUUCGCCGGCGAGUUGUCAGUUCCGGCAGAUGAUGUGGCAGACUUGGAAUGGGUUUCUCACUUUGUGGAUGAUUCUCUCCCGGAGUUAUCUAUAUUGUACCCCAUUCAUUGUUCCAAGAAAACAAGAGUAUGGGCCGAACCGGAAUCCAGAUUGAGCCCGGCCCAAACCGUUUCAAAAGUCCCGAGAAAGUCGAGAACUGAAAAGCCUAGAAAGCCCAACACUCGUGUCUGGUCCUCUUUUACGGUGUUUGCUGGCUCCGUUGGGUUCGGCGAGUUGGUGACUAAGAAGCAGAAGAAAAAGGUUGAGGCCCAAAGCGGUGGGGCCCAGUCUCUGCGACGUUGUAGCCACUGCCAGGUGCAGAAAACACCGCAAUGGAGGAUCGGUCCACUAGGGCCCAAAACACUUUGCAACGCUUGCGGGGUUCGAUUCAAGUCUGGUCGGCUUUUUCCAGAGUAUAGACCGGCCUGUAGCCCGACCUUUUGUGGCCACAUUCACUCUAACAACCAUCGUAGAGUGUUGGAGAUGAGAUGGAAAAAACAGAUAGCAGAAUCCGUUACUGGUUCAGACCGGAAACAAUUGAUCCCAAAUUAUUAAAUUUUGUUAGACAAAAUUUACAAUGGAGUAGAGUGCUAGUAUUAUUUUUUCGUUAGAAUUAAAGUUUUACCUCUUAUAUGCAUAUAAAAGUUUGCAUUAUUGAGAUAAAAUUUUAAUUCUAACUAGGCUAUCCAAGGAAACUAUGUUUAAGUAGUUUUUUUAGAGUCCAAUAGGCUAUAGAUUAGGAAUAGGUCAACGAACCGGUCUGAGCCGGUUUGAUAUUUGUACCACGGUUAGUGAGUAGUGAUUUAAAUUAGUGCUAGUGAGCUAGGGAGGAACUAAGUGGUAGUAAUGGACAUUAGGAAGGCAUUGAUUGCAUGUAUCCCAUUUUCCUAGAUCAAUUGAGUAUAAUAAAAUCGAGAAAGAGAAAAUUUAAUUACUUA